AUGAAAUAUGUCAAGCCAAUCAAUUUGUUUCAUGAUUUGCUGAAGACGAAUAACCUAGGACAAGGUAGAUUGCUUGGAUUAGAUGUCGGCCAUAAAUAUGUGGGUUUAGCUGUUUCGGAUCCUUCUAAUAAAAUUGCAUCCCCGCUAAGUGUACUAGUAAGGAAGCAGUCAAAUAUUUGUUUGAUGGCAAAAGAUUUUCAAUCUUUGAUUUCAGAACUUUCACUCAUAGGUUUCAUUGUUGGCUACCCUUUUGAUAACCAGCGGAACACACCAGAUGCUGUUCAAGUGAAGGUUUUUGUGGAGGAUCUUCGCAAGACAGGGAAACUUGAAGGUUUGAGGUAUACAUAUUGGGAUGAACGCUUUACAUCGAAGAGUGUUGAAUUAUUAUUGAAGCCUUUAAAUCUACACCCAGUACAUUCAAAGACAAUUCUUGACAAAUUUGCUGCUGUUGGGAUACUCCAGGGGUACCUGGAUACCAUGCACAGGAAAAUGAAGUCGGGGGAGUAAUCACUACCAAUGCAUAUGUGGAGGGGUUAAGGUAAUGGGUUUCAAUGCCGAUGCUUGCACUGCCAAUUAUAUGGUGUCCAACUCGUCAAUGGUUUUCACUUAAUAAGCUGUGCAGCCCCGGGCUACUGCCACUAUGGAUUUCAUUGUUGUAUGUCUUUUGGUAAAAAUCAUUGUUGUAUUUUUAUUUUUUA